AUGGAGUUUCAUCUUGAACGCCCUUUCUCACACUCUCUCCUCCAUAACUCCGCCGACACGUUGCCCUCUUCUCUCUUCCUCCUCGAAUCCCAACACAUGCCUUCGUCCCAUUACUUGCAGAGAAUCAAGUCUUCUGCUUUUCGCCUCUCUGAUCGACGUCAGGCCAUUUCUUCGAUUUCCCAGUGUUCUAGACAAUUCCACGAUCCCUCUCUGACGUAUCUGGCGGUAAACUACCUGGACAGGUUCUUGUCUUGCCAGGGAAUGGCGCAGUCGAAGCCAUGGAUUGUGAGACUGAUAUCUCUCUCUUGCGUCUCUUUGGCUGUCAAGAUGAGGAAACCAGAGAGCUCUGUACAAAAUCUUCAGGUAGAGGGAGGUGUAAUAUUCAGUGCGAAGACGAUAGAGAGAAUGGAGAAUGUGAUAUUGGGAGCUCUCAAAUGGAGAAUGCGCUCUAUCACUCCCUUCUCCUUCUCUUCCUUCUUUCUCGAUCUCUUUGAGCCCAAAGACUCUCUUUCAAGACACGCCCUCAAAGCUCGGGCCCAUGAUCUUGUCUUCAAUCUUCAACAUGAGACUAUGUUCCUCGAGUUCAAACCAUCAGUGGUGGCAGCUGCUGCUCUUCUGGCCGCUUCUUCAGACUGUCCUCUGCAGUUCCCACGUUUCAGGAACACGUUCUCCCAAUGUUCAUAUGUAAAUAAGGAUGAGCUUAUGGAUUGUUACAACUCAAUGCAAGAGAAUGUGACUGAGGAAGAAAACGAGGGAAGCACAGAUACGGCCAUGAAUGUGCUUGACCAGCAAUUUUUAAGCUCUGAAAGCGACAAGAGUGUCACUGCUGCAGAUUCUCCGCCAAAGAGGAGGAAGACUAGUAGUGUGGCCGAUGUUAGAAACCGAGCAGCCUCUCCAAUUCGAUGAGAAGUGAUCAAACGGGCAAGACGGGUCUCGGGUUUCUGUUUCAGUUGUCGUGUUCCAUAUCUCAGUUUGGUUAACAGGGUUAUUAGCUCUCCUUGCUUCUCUAGCGCUUGUCACCAUUGAC